AUGGAUUCUAGGCGAGCCGACGUAGAGGCGCAAAGACGUGGCCCGACUGAUAUUCGAGAUGAGAGCUUUGAUGAGAAGGUUGGUCAUAACGGUCGCACAUCGGUUCGAAUGCCUACGGAGUACCGUACGUUGAGCAUCAACGUCGAGAACCCAACUUUGGGGAAAGGCAAAGGCAAAGAUGUAGACAAACGCAAAGCAGCUGUUAAAGAACUUUCCUCUUUGGACUGGCAUAGGAUUUCAAGUGAAGAGGCGCUCUCCCGUCUCUCCGUUUCACCGAAAACUGGCUUGGACAAGGCACAGGCGCAUCGUCGUUUACAGACUCAUGGAAAGAAUGUUAUAUCACCUCCCAAGUCCAAUUUGGUACGAAAACUGCUUGAAUGGAUACUUGGAGGCUUCGGUAGCUUGCUUCUGGCAGCAAGUAUUGUCUGCUUUAUAGCAUGGAAGCCUCUCGGGGAACCCAACCCAAAUGCGUCCAACCUGGCUCUUGCCGUAGUCCUCCUCUUGGUCCUAUUCAUUCAAGCUAUUUUCAACGCAUGGCAAGACUUUUCGACGUCUCGUGUAAUGUCUUCCAUCAAGGGAAUGCUCCCGUCGGAUGUUGUUGUUCUACGUGACUCGGUCUCCACACAAGUCCCUGCAAAGGAACUCGUCCCAGGAGAUCUCAUUACAAUUAGCAUGGGCGAGAAAAUCCCGGCAGACCUUAGGCUCAUUGAAGUCAGUGUAGAUUUACAAUUCGAUCGUAGCGUUCUUACCGGGGAAAGCGAACCAAUUUCUGGCAGGGUUACAAUGACAGACGAUAACUUUUUGGAGACCAAGAAUAUUGCUCUGCAGGGUACCCACUGUGUGAAUGGGUCGGGAGUUGGGGUGGUGAUUCAGACAGGCGACAAUACUGUUUUCGGUGUUAUCGCAAAGUUGUCAUCCAAUGAGCAAACAAGGCUGACGACCUUGCAGCGCGAGCUACUUCGCUUUGUCGCAAUUAUUGCUAGUCUUGCCACAGCAGUCGCGGUUCUUAUGGUCAUUCUGUGGGCGGCUUGGCUUCGUAGAGAUCAUCCGGAUUACAUUAACGUCCCUACUCUUUUGAUUGAUGUUGUAUCAGUUAUGGUCGCAUUCAUUCCAGAAGGCUUACCUGUCGCAGUAACACUUUCCCUUGCAAAAGUCGCCAAUACGCUGAGCAAGAAGAAGAUUCUAUGCAAAUCGUUAUCGAUUGUAGAAACCCUCGGUUCUGUAAACGUCCUUUGUUCGGAUAAAACAGGAACGUUGACCCAGAAUACGAUGCACGUUGAAAAUUUGGCAGUAUUCGAUACGACGUAUGAGUCGAAUGCCUAUAGGCAGGUUGUUAAUCAGUCUCAACCACCAGUUGAGAGCAAUUUAUCGCAGAUAGCCGCAGUUGGGGCCAUCUGCAACUCGGCGACGUUUGACAAGGACACUUCUGAUGAUGACGAGAAAAAGGUCCAAGGCAAGAAUAUCCUCGGAAAUGCUACAGAUGUCGCCAUCCUACGUUUUUCGGACAAGAUUGCUUCCGUGGAAGUUACGCGCCAGCGUUGGGUUAACGUUUUCAGAAAGAAUUUCAAUUCGAAGACCAAAUACAUGCUACAGCUAUCCAAGCUGGCUAUGUCGACACCUCUAAAUGGCCCUCUAGUGUCGCCGUUAGCUGCAUGGGAUUCAUUUACUCGAGAAUGCUUCUUGUUGACUGUCAAAGGCGCUCCAGAAGUUCUUCUCCCAUAUUGCUCUCAUGUCCUAGACCCUCGCGGAGGACCUCCAAUCGCUCUCACCGUUCGUGAAAAAGAUCGCAUCUCUGCAGUGCAGGAGAAAUGGUCGCGACGGGGUCAAAGAGUUAUCCUUCUUGCUCGCAGGAUUGUGCGGGAUGAUUGGCUGGAGAAAGUGGCUAUUUCUAAUCCUCAGUCUGAGCAGUUUGAGACAGCGGUAGAGGAGUAUAUGACUGAUCUCAUUAUUGUUGGACUUGUUGGUUUGAUAGACCCCCUGAAACCGGAUAUCAAGCAUACUGUCAAGGUCUGCCGUGAUGCUGGCAUUCGCUUCUUUAUCGUCACUGGUGAUCACCCCACGACCGCGCUUUCUAUCGCUGAGCAGGCGGGAAUUAUAUCCAACCCGACAAGAGUUCAUCGUGUUGCUGAUCUAGACCCAGCUCCGGAGAAAUCCAUCGCCCUGUACGACUCUGAAAAUGAAGUGCAAGAUCUGAAGAGCAUCAUCAUAACCGGAUCGGAGCUCAUGGCCCUUAACAGUGAGCAGAUUCAUCAGCUAUGUCAAUAUGAGGAGAUCGUGUUCGCGCGUACGACUCCCGAGCAAAAGUUACGCAUCGUCAACGAUUUCAAAAAUCGUGGAAACGUUGUCGCGGUCACCGGGGAUGGCGUGAACGAUGCGCCUUCGCUGAAGUCGGCGGAUUGUGGUGUGGCUAUGGGGAAUGGAUCGGAUGUGGCCAAGGAGGCUGCGGACCUUGUUUUAUUGGGAGAUUUCUCUUCGAUCAUUGAUGCUAUCAAAUAUGGUCGACUGGUGUAUGAUAAUUUGAAGAAGACGGCGUUAUAUCUUUUGCCGGCUGGAAGCUUCUCGGAGUUGAUGCCCAUUGUCCUCAACAUCGUCAUCGGUGUACCGCAAAUGCUCAGCAAUAUCCAAAUGAUUAUUAUCUGUGUGGCUACGGAUGUGCUCCCAGCGCUCAGCUUGUGUAUGGAACCUCCUGAGGAUGGGCUUUUGCUCAGACGUCCAAGAAAUAUCAAGAAAGAUCGCUUAGUGGACUGGCGUCUUCUCCUCCAUGCUUACGGAUUCCUUGGUGUGAUCGAAUCUCUGUGCGCGCUUUCCAUGUCAUUCUGGUACCUACAGAUACACGGAGUUCCAUUCUCUUCUCUCGCAUUGAGCUUUGCGACGCCGGAGAACCUCUCGAAUGAGCUUCUCUUCAGAGCUCAAAGUGUAUACUUCUUUACAUUAGUUCUUAUGCAAUGGGGUAACCUGCUUGCAACCCGUGGUCGAAAGCUUAGCAUAAUCCAACAUACACCACAAUCUAACCUUUACAUCUUCCCAGCCGCAGUUGCGGCUCUCGGAAUCGCGUUUUUCUUCUGCUAUGUCCCGUGGUUCCAAAAGGUUUUCCAGAUGAGACCCGUACCCGCCAAGCACAUUUUCAUUCCUAUGACCUUUGGCCUGACGCUGUUAAUUUUUGACGAAAUAAGGAAGUACUUCGUGAGAAGAUACCCAAAGGGGUUGCUCGCUAAGAUCGCUUGGUAG